AGGAUCCUCUUUUAAGAAGCAUCUGAUCCGCCCUCCCCCCUCCACGAACACUUGCUCCAUCCUCCUAUACCUACCUCACCCAACCAAGUCAACAUGUCUACCGCCUCCGAGAUCGCGCCUACCAAGUGCGUGGGCCCCGAUUACCGCGCCGAGGAGCAGAAGCCCACCGCCACCGUCUCGACCGCCGUCAACUACGACAACGUCACCGUUCUCUCUCAAACUCCCCAGCUUAUCGCUCUUCUCAGCAUUAUCCGUGACAAGCGGACCGACCGCGGCGACUUCAUCUUCUACUCCAACAGAAUCAUCCGUCUCCUCGUCGAGGAGGGCCUCAACCACCUCCCCACCGUCGAGCACCCCGUUACCACCCCCGUCGGCCGCAUAUACGAUGGUUUGGCGUUCCAGGGCAAGAUCUGCGGUGUCUCCAUCAUGCGCGCCGGGGAGGCCAUGGAGCAGGGUCUGAGAGACUGCUGCCGCUCCGUUAGAAUCGGCAAGAUCCUUAUUCAGAGAGACGAGGAGACUGCGCAGCCCAAGCUCUUCUACGAUAAGCUUCCCGAGGACAUUGCCGACCGCUGGGUCCUUCUCCUCGAUCCAAUGUUCGCCACUGGCGGAUCUGCCAUUAUGGCCGUCGAGGUGUUGAAGUCCAGGGGAGUUCCAGAAGAGCGGAUUAUCUUCCUCAACAUUUUGGCCAGUCCCGAGGGCAUCAGCAACUUUGCUUCCAAGUUCCCCAAGCUCCGAACAGUAACUGCUUUUGUCGACCAAGGCCUCGAUGACAAGAAUUACAUUAUCCCCGGUCUCGGUGACUUCGGCGAUCGCUAUUACUCCAUGUAAAGUGUGAAGGGGCGUAGGUAGAUCGUUGAUUGUGAUGACUUCCUGGCGGUGGGGAUCGACUUUGGGAAAUGGCGUUAUCUGAGAGGACUUUUUGAUGCCAAGCGUAGUAAUGGAAUACCCACUCUGGAAAAAUUCAGCAAAACGAGUUCGUGCGGCUUCGUUCGUCGAAAUA